CGCGUCAUGGAUUUUUGACCUUUUUCCGAUCGAGUAACCCGACGAGAUGCUCAAUGUUCAGAUAGCUAUCGCGACCUUGGAGCUGGUUUCAAGACGCUAGCCCAUCUCGCGCAAAAUGGGUAUCAAGGGUCUUACGGGCUUGCUCAGUGAGCAUGCACCUCGAGCCAUGAGGGAUCACGAGAUGAAGACGCUCUUUGGCCGCAAAGUCGCCAUUGACGCAUCUAUGUCCAUCUAUCAAUUCCUCAUCGCUGUCAGACAGCAAGAUGGUCAAAUGUUGAUGAAUGAAUCAGGUGACGUGACGAGUCAUCUGAUGGGAUUUUUCUACCGUACCAUUCGAAUGGUUGAACAUGGGAUCAAACCGUGCUAUAUCUUCGAUGGCAAGCCUCCAGAUUUGAAGAGCAGGACGCUCGCAAAACGAUUCGAAAGACGGGAAGAGGCCAAAGCUGGAGAAGAAGAGGCAAAGGAGACUGGUACCGCCGAGGACAUUGAUCGACUGGCUCGACGACAAGUCAGAGUUACCAAAGAGCACAAUGACGAGUGUAAGAAGCUUUUGGCACUCAUGGGCAUUCCAGUCGUCACCGCUCCCGGUGAAGCAGAAGCACAGUGCGCUGAACUAGCUCGAGCCGGGAAAGUCUAUGCGGCUGGUUCUGAAGAUAUGGAUACAUUGACAUUCAACUCUCCCAUCCUCCUUCGACAUCUCACCUUUAGCGAGGCGAAAAAGAUGCCCAUCUCUGAGAUCCACUUGCAGACGGCCCUGGAGGAUCUGAAGAUGACUAUGGACCAGUUCAUCGAGCUGUGUAUUCUCCUCGGAUGUGAUUACCUAGAACCAUGUAAAGGGAUCGGCCCGAAGACCGCGCUCAAACUGUUGAGAGAACACGGUGGACUAGGCAAUGUGGUAGACUUUGUCCGUGGCAAGAUGGCUGAAAAAGCGCAUGACAAUGCGGAAGCGAUAGCUCAACAAUCUGAAUCCGAGGACGAGCCCAUUCACUCUGAUCGAGAGAGCGAAGAAGGCGGUGGUGGAGACUGGGGAGAGGAGAGUGGUGGACCUUCCUCAAGUCCAAUGAAGAAGAAGCCAGCGGCGCCUGCCAAGAGCCCGAAAAAGAAGAAAGUCACGAGUGCAGGGAUGCAAAUUCCGGAAUUCUGGCCUUGGGAGGAGGCCAAAAAGGUGUUUUUGAAACCUGAUGUGGUCAAGGGAGAGGAUCUCGAGCUCGAUUGGAAAGUCCCUGACACGGAUGGAUUGGUGGACUUCCUCUGUCGCGACAAGGGAUUCAAUGAGGAUCGUGUCCGCGCUGGAGCUGCGAAAUUGGCCAAGAUGAUCACUGCGAAACAGCAAGGGCGACUCGAUGGAUUCUUCACGGUCAAACCGAAAGAGCCAGAAGCGAAUGGGAAAAAGGCUGGAGAUAAGCGUAAAGGUGGAGCGGUCGAGAAGGACAAGGGAGGUGCGAAGAAGAAGGGGAAGAAGUGAUGAGUAGCUCGAGAGCUAUGGUCGCAAGCAUGGCAUGGUCGACGUCUAGUACAUGAGGUUCAUUACCAAGUAUUCCCGUGUAUAUAUUAUUUAUCAUGUCCCCC